AUGGAUUAUCUAAUAAAUAGCAGCUUAUUAAAUGAAAUGCAUGGGUUCAGAAAAAAUAAAAGCUGCACAAUAAACCUAUUGGAAACUCUUGAUAUCAUAACAGAUGCACUAGAAAAUGGCCAAUCAGUUGAUAUGUUGUAUCUAGACUUUGAAAAGGCUUUUUAUAAAGUACCACACUCGCGUUUAAUCACUAAACUUCAAUCAUAUGGUAUUGUGAGAAAUUACCUGGGUUGGAUAGAGAACCUUUUAACUAACAGAAAACAGAGAGUGGUCUUUGGCGACACUGUCUCAGAUUGGCUACCAGUUAUUAGUGGUGUACCACUAAUAACUGGUAUUAGUUAUUAG